AGGUUACCAGUAAUUUACCAGCACCUUUAAUAAACAGGUGAACGAUAAGAGGCUAAGGCGGGGUCAACGUUUUUAUGACAAGCCCGAUAAUUGCUAAGCAGUGUGUCAGAAAUCAGAGGGUAGUUUGUUUUAUGACGCGUUAGAAACCACGUCCUGACGCAUUCUUGCACGUAGGUUCACAUACCUACAUGUAUGUGGUUAAUAGGCAGAGAUUGUUUUCAAUUCACGCCAAGCGUAGAGUCUAUGAACUUGUACUGCUGUUGUGUUGGUCAUCAUGAGGUUUGCAUCAUCCAUCCUUCUUUUGUUCUCAUGGUUCGCCCUUGCCGCCGCUGCAAUUGACCUUGACACUGCUGGACAGUACAAGUGUUCCUUUGACGAUAGUGUCUGUGAUGACUGGACAGUAGAGGGUCCUGUCAACCACGGAGGACCCGCGGGAUGUGAUCAUGGCUGGCCUAAUGAUGCGCUUACUGGCGCUACUGCCCCCGGUGCGUACGUGUGUUUCUUCUUGGAGAGCCUGCCCUCUCAGUAUCCAGAUCUAGGCCGAGCCCGGCUCACCAGUCCCACCAUCAAUGUAACUCAGCACGUGGUGUUGGGUUUCUCUGUGGGCACCGUGAGGCCACCGACCUCCACAUACCUCAGAGUCCUCCUGGUGAACGAGACCGGUACCAAUGGUACUGAAACACUGAUGUGUUCAACCUCAGACCUCCUGUUACCAUUCCAGCGAAUAUACGUCGGUAUUGUACAGCCUGGACCUUACAAGAUUGUGAUUGAGGGUAUUCCGGAUCCUCCCUUCUAUCCAAACUUUGGUAUGGACGAGUUGACCCUCACUGCUGUUGAAAAUGCUACUGCGAACGUGGUCGUACAAACAACUACAUGUUCCACUGAGCUGGUCACCACACCCCGUAUGACAACUCGCCAAUACAACACCACACUCCCUAUGACCAGUAGUCAAGAUGACACCACAAUGCCAGCUGCUGUUAGUCAGAUAACGACGACAUUUUCCCAGACCAGCAGUCAGCAGCCCAUGACCAUAAGUAAAAACACACCCACAACCAUCCUCCCCACGACCGAUAGCCAAGUUGACACGAGUAGCCAAGAUACGGCCGUAUUGCCCACGACCAGUCGUCCUGAUAGUGAUACGACCAUAUUGCCCAUGACGAGUAGCAAAGAUACGACCGUAUUGCCCAUGACGAGUAGCAAAGAUACGACCGUAUUGCCCAAGACCAGUAGUCAUGAUACGACCAUAUUGCCCAUGACAGAUAGCCAGGAUACGACCGUAUUGCCCAUGACAGGCAGUCAAGAUACGACUGUAUUGUCUAAGACGAGUAGCCAUGAUACGACCAUAAUGGCCAUGACGAGUAGUCAGGAUACAGCCACACUGCCCAUUACUACUAGUCAGGAUACAACACACAAGGCAACGUACCCCUGAAGUAACAACCAAACGCCCAAUCCCUCCUAAGACACCACUGACCACAUCUAAAUCUGAAGACGUAACAACGAAAUUUCUACCCACCACCUCGACGUCAAAGGAAGGGCAGCUUGGUCAGCAGAGCGGACGGAACGACACGCCGGAUAUCACCGCCGUCCCCAUAGUGCUGGGAAUAGCGGGGUUUCUCCUGGUAGCGGGAGGGGGCAUGUUCUAUCUCAGAAAGAUGCGAAACAAGAAGUCCAAUUUCUCCGUGGAAGAGUCGCGAAGGGCAUCGAGAAUGAGCUUCAGUCAGACCGAGUUAACCCAGCUCUAGAUUUAGAUGUCGGAGUAGAGGCUCCGAUAAGGUAGAAUCGGUGGUUCUUCCAGUAGUGAUCCCGAUCGGAGUCUCUGUCAACAGAAAGUUCGAUCGCGGUCUCCUCUUCUGAGCUAAGGUCCGUUCAUCUAUAUGGCUAUCUGUAAUAACGAGUGUACGUACCAUCAUCAGUUACGUUUACCAGUUUAUAAA